AUGUUGAGAGCAUUGGUAGAGCACGGCGCUUGGUUCUGUGCUGGCUCAUCAUUUUGGGAUCGCGUGUCCAACUGGUAUUCAGACAACAAAGUCGCCGCAUGGUCAAUCGCAGGCGUGACCGUGGUUGUAGUAGGCGGCACAGUAUACUACCUCUCGCAACCGCCGGCGCAGCCAAAGCCCAAGAAGGACAAACGAAAGGCGAAGAGGACAUCCGAAAAGGCGGUCGAACAGGGCAAACCCGAUGCUGCAUCAAAGGCUGCACCGAAAGCGUCAGUGGUAGAAGAGGCGCCAGAGGAGUUGCCUCAGAUCACCGAGGAAUCGGUGACUUUGCUGUCAGAUCAAGAGCGCAAAGACUACGCGGCCAAGCUGAAGGCCGCCGGUAACAAGGCAUAUGGCAGCAAGCAUUACAACAAGGCCAUCGAUCUAUAUACACAAGCUAUCCUGUGCAAGGCCGAUCCCGUCUUCUAUUCCAACCGUGCAGCGUGCCACAAUGCUAUGAGCGACUGGCCCAAGGUCAUCGAAGAUACCACUGCUGCCAUCAACCUCGACCCGGAAUACGUUAAGGCCUUGAACCGGAGAGCAAACGCCUACGAGCAAGAUGGCCGCUACUCGGAAGCGCUGCUUGACUACACAGCUAGCUGCAUCAUUGACCAAUUCCGCACCGAGUCAUCUGCUCAAGCUGUUGAGCGACUGCUGAAGAAGGUCGCUGAGAGCAAAGCCAAGGAUAUCAUGGAAUCGAAAGAGAAGAAGCUGCCGUCGCCGACUUUCGUGUCAAACUACCUCCAGUCGUUCCGUGCCAAGCCUUUGCCGGCAGGACUCGAGGAGACUGCAGACUUGGAAGAGGGAAGCGGCAAGUGGCAUUUGCGCAAGGGUCUUCAAGCUAUCCGUCUGCGGACCGCCGAGGGCUACGCAGAAGCUGCGGAAGCCUUUGAAAAGGCAAUCGAGCAGGGCAACUUGGAGAAAUUCGAAGCUGAGGCAUACAACAUGCGAGGCACAUUCCGAUACUUGCGUGGAGACAACGAUCGGGCUCUCGAAGAUCUGAACAAGUCUAUCGAGCUUGACCCAUCACUUGUGCAGAGCUACGUCAAGCGCGCUAGCAUGCACCUUGAGCAAAGCGCGCGAGAAGCAGCUGCGAACGACUUCGAGACGGCCACCAAGCACAACCCAGAAGAUCCAGACAUCUAUUACCACCGCGCCCAGCUCCACUUCAUCCUCUCCGAAUUCAGCGAUGCAGCGAACGACUACCAGAAAUCGAUCGAGCUGGACAAGGACUUCAUAUUCUCACACAUACAGCUCGGAGUCACACAAUACAAGAUGGGAUCAGUCGCAAGCAGUAUGGCGACCUUCAGAAGAUGCAUUAAGAACUUUGGGGACAAGAGCGACGUCUACAACUACUAUGGCGAGCUGCUGCUUGACCAGCAGAAAUACCAGGAGGCGGUUGAGAAAUUCGAGACCGCGGUCGAGAUGGAGAAGAAGGCAGUGGGUGAGAAGGGCGGUAUGAACGUACUGCCGCUGAUCAAUAAAGCCCUGGCCCUUUUCCAGUGGAAGCAGGACUUCAGCGCGGCGGAAGAACUGUGCUCCAAAGCACUAAUCAUUGACCCCGAAUGCGACAUCGCAGUGGCCACGAUGGCUCAGCUUCUCCUCCAACAAGGCAAGGUGACCGAAGCUCUCAAAUACUUCGAACGCGCUGCCGAACUUUCCCGAACAGAAGGCGAAAUCGUCAACGCUCUUUCAUACGCCGAGGCCACACGAACACAACUCGAGGUACAAGAAAAGUACCCACAGCUCGCAGCUAGGCUUCAAGGUAUGGGAGCUAUGGGUGCCGGCAUGAGAUAAGAAUAUGGUGGACGUGGUAAUGUUCAUAAAUACUAUGGUAAGGUGGGGCUUGUGGAUGUAUUUCACGCGAGUUGCAUGCAUUGUACAAGGCGUUGAGCGUAGCCUACGCGGCAGCCAGUCUGCGAGAGAACGCGUGAAAGAAACUUCUUCAAUCUGUAUGUUAUAGGACCCAGACGCCUGGCGGAAGUGUGCAGAUACAGAGCUUCAAAUUGGUAUUAUAUGCCUCCUCUCUAAGAA